AUGCAGUUCAUAUUCAAGAACCAGACCAUGAGAACCCUCGUCCAACGUGCGGGCAUGGCCCCGCUACUACCAACAGCAGCACGACGUCAAUUCACGGCUGCAAUUAGUCGCCAACGAGCCCACCCUUCACACGUAGAAGAAUCAUUUUAUCCCGUUCCCAAGUCGUCCAGUCCCGUUGCCGAGUCAUCACAUGGGCACUCAUGUGAUGAUGUACUCCUCUCCUUGAGGGAGGAGACGAAAAGAGACCACCAAGCAAUAAUGCGGGCCGUGGCCACGCCUUGGACUCCUCUUGUCGGUAUACAAGUUGAUAUGCACGUCAGCAGAGCGGGUGUUGCGGCCGUUGAUGGGCAGAGCUUGAUUGGUCUAAAGACCGCGUUCCGAGAGGUUGAGGGUGUAGAUGAGUCCCGCCUAUUGGGGAGCUGGGGGCGCACAUCAUGGUCCGAGAAGAACUUCCAGGUUGCAGCAAUACGGGAAAGCGAUACAUCCAGCGUCACGCAUCAGCUACUACAACAAUGA